UGACCCCGCGUCGAGCAGGGCGUGAGGCAGUCGGAGCCGAGGAGCCGCGGCGGCCGCUUCCGUUCGCGCUUCCCUUCCCUUCCCUUCCCGGUCUCGGUCGACGCCGGCGGCCGCUGUGUUCGCAGGUGAAAAGAUGGCGUUUGUGAAGAGCGGAUGGUUGCUACGACAGAGUACUAUUUUGAAGCGCUGGAAGAAGAAUUGGUUCGACCUGUGGUCUGAUGGCCACUUGAUCUAUUACGAUGACCAGAGUCGGCAGAGUGUUGAGGAUAAGGUUCACAUGCCGGUGGACUGCAUCAACAUUCGGAUGGGCUAUGAGUGUCGGGAUAUUCAGCCUCCAGAUGGGAAGCCAAAGGACUGUAUGCUGCAGAUUGUCUGCCGAGACGGGAAAACCGUUAGUCUUUGUGCAGAAAGCACAGAUGAUUGUUUGGCCUGGAAAUUUACACUCCAGGAUUCCAGGACAAACACGGCCUAUGUUGGCUCCGAAGUCAUGUAUGAUGAGACAGUUGUGGCGUCUUCUCCGCCUCCUUACACGGCCUAUGCCACACCAACCCCUGAGCAGGCAUAUGGCUAUGCUACAUACAGUGGUGUAUACCCAACAGGAACCCAGGUUGUCUAUGCUGCGAAUGGGCAGGCUUAUGCAGUACCCUACCAGUACCCAUAUGCAGGUAACCCAUAUGCAGGACUGUAUGCACAGCAGCCUGCCAACCAAGUCAUCAUCCGUGAACGUUACCGGGACAACGACAGUGACCUGGCCCUGGGCAUGCUGGCCGGAGCGGCCACAGGCAUGGCCUUAGGGUCUCUGUUCUGGGUCUUCUAAAUUCCCUGACAUGUGCAUAGCUUCUGACAUCUGUGUGCAAUAUGUCAUUUUCAGGGCAUUUCUGUUUGUGAUACAUGUUGUAAACAUUGGUUUAACAGUUGUUUUAAAGGUAGUGACCUCAUAUUUACAGCUAAUCCAUGUAAGUCCCACAGAGAAAGCUCUGGACUGCUGUUGAGUUAGAACACACACUCCUUGAGGGCACGCAUCCCAGGGGGUACCUAUGCGAACACACCUGUUUUAAGGCAUUUUUCGUUGUUAGACUUAGGCGUAGUAUGUAAGGGGUAAUUUAUUUUCAGUCCUGUGCUGGGUGGUGUAUAAGUGUGGCAAGGAAGACCCCAGUUUCUUUCAGUUUCAUGACAAACUUGCGAACCUCAGACAGAACUGCUGCCUGCUGCUAUGGGAAUGGAGGCUGGUGAGCUCAGGGAAUUUCUGGAGGCAGUGCUGUGAGACCUGCAACCUCUGGGCCCUGUGAAACUCCAGCAGAGCAGGCUGCUCAGGAUGAAGCUGCUGGCCAGGGAGAGAGGGGUGUCUGUCCCCCCUUGUAAGGUGACCUACCUACCUACCUACUUAACUCCCUCCCUCCUUCCCUUCCUUUCCUUCCUUUUUUUUUUUUUUUUUUGAUUGCUUUGGGAGCAAUUCCUGAAAGUAUUCCAAACUGUGGAUUUAUUUAAGCCCUAAUGUUUUAGAAACUUAAAAAGUUAGAAACAAGUAUGUGGAGGUAGAUUUGUUUUAUUUAGAGACAAUGUGAUUUUUGUGUCUGCUUUCAAUAUUUUUUAUUGCCACUUAAGCCUACUUAGAGCUUAUUUUUCUACUUGCUGAGAAGGCAAUAUUGCAAGCAUGAUGAGGGGUGUGAAGUGAUGGUGUUGAUCUUUAAAGUCUGCUCGAGGUUAUGUGGUGCAGAGACUGCUCUGCUCUGUUCCACCUUCUAGAGCAGUUCCGGUGCAUGUCCCCUGCCCUCUGCAGGGCAGGGCACCACAGCUGUCCCAUGCAGUGGGGACCAUGAAGCCCUGGUCGAGGUGUGAUGGGGGUUUGGGCCAGGGCCAUGGGAGGGACUUAGGUCUGAGUGGUGACGUGGACAAGAACAGGAACAGCGUCACACAGCUUGACCAGGACAUUAGCCUUGCUUUUCACCCAAAUGUCACAGAGAAGCUUAAGUCAUUGUAUUUUCAGCUCCAAGUAUGUGUUGUGUGGGGCUCAGGACACCCACUGUCUUGUUACUUCUUUAUCUCUCUACCUAUGUGUAUGUUCAAAGAUCCUAAAAUUUAUUCCAAUUUUCUCUCCUGCAUGUUUCAAAACUUGUACUUUUGCAAAAGGAAUUUGGCCAGUGAAGGUUCCUGACCCUGUACUUCACAUGGCUCUCUUUCCAUAGAAAACACUCCUCGUAGCAUAGACUCUCUUUCUGUGUGGCCAGUUCUAUCUUCACACCCUUGUUUUUCUGGUCAGCUGAGCUGGGUGGGAUUCAUUCAGCAGGUCCCCAAAAGAAGCCUGAUUGAUGCCAGAUGCACUUGUGGUGAGCACAGGUCUGUCUGGCCUGUUCUGACUGAAGAGAGACGCUCUACAGCCGAAGGAAGUGCCUGUGGUCUCUGUAGAAGCUUUACAUGGCGGGAAACCGGCCGUCUGUAACACUCGACUGAUUGGCUCGUUGCUUUGAGGAUUUCAGAUUCUUUGUAGUAAGAAAUGACUUUGUUCAGAUAAAGAUCAUUAAGCUGUGUGCUUUACUUGUAAAAUAUUAAACAGUUUUUAUUGUUGUAUUGGCCUGUUAAUAUUGAAUGGGGAUUAGCUGGAGCUGUGGAGUAGGUUAGGUCACUGAAAUGUCCUUGAUGCCGUCUGACCCUUGAUUAAAGGGUAGCGCUGAGGGCUGAAGCUUGGGCGUGUGUACUAUUCCUCUCCACAUGGCAGCCAGCCCCACUGGACACACCUGAGUCUGGAAAUUCACUGUCAGUAGGGAUGAGUUUCUGGUGUGAAAUGUUUGCUGCUACAAAGAUGAGCUGAGAUGGAAAGAGGAGGUGAGUAAGUAAGAUCAGGCCAUUGUUCCCAAGCCCCUCAGACUUCGUCUUGACCACCUCAUUUUGGGUAUCGUCAACCAAAAGGCUAGGCACAGUGCAAGGCACCUGCUCAGGGUUGAGUAAGCACACUGACUUUAAAUAUUGGGACGGAAGACACGGACCAUUGAUGCUGUACACAUGCUGAUCUGAUUACUUUCUACCUACAUUCCUGGAUUUAACAAUUAGAUAGUCAAGAGAUGUGGGGGAGAUAGCUGGUUUAUCCUGCAUCACUUGUGAGACAGCCCUGCCCCAGAGCCCGUGAUUGGGACCAUAGAGAACUUUGUGCACCUGAGGCAGUCUGACCUGAUCAUAUCAGUUGAGUUGCCUAGCCUGGGUGUACAACCUGUCAUGGAAUGCGCUUCCUUCCUCCUCAGAGCUGACCCUUUUCUGACUUCUUCCCUGUCUCUGUUGGUAUUCUUCCCUGUCGGUAUUCUUUUGUGUCCACAGAAUUGUUUUUCCUUGUAUGUGCAAAUUGUAUAUUUGGUAGUGUGUGUGCUCAAUGGGUGUGCCGCUGCUGGCCCAAGUUGUGUAUUUGAAAAUGUUAAUACAUUAAAUGGUUGUUAACCUCAA